AUGAAAUUUUCAUUACAGAAUACAUCGCCUCCUCGGUUCGUCUUGCUCAAAGUGGAUUUUACAGGCUGCGGAGGACCUUGCAGCUCUCCUGAAAUCCCCUCAGUGUCAUACAAAGGCUAUAAAUUCUUCAAAGCCGAUCCAAUCCCAGGCCAAAAGGCUUCGUGGACUAAGGUUGAGCGAAUGGAUAUGGAUCUAUCUCAAAGUGAGCUACGCAAGAAGGUUCAGAAACGAGCCGAUAAAGUAUCUGCGGCACAUCAAUACCAGACUUUAUCUGAAAUCAGACAAGCCCAUGUCAAUCAGCUAAUCCAUGAGCAUCGACAGAUGCACCCACAGGGAGAUUGGAGCUGUGUAUAUGCAAAGCAACGGGAAAGAGCCUCAAAGGCUCGGAAUGCCAAUCGUGAAGACUAUGAAACUGUCUCCAUGAAGGUGAUCCUGAUGCAAAGACCGAUGCAAACGAGAACACAUCCCAGGACCCCAAUGGGGGAACUGGUAGAUUUGCGAGAGUUUGAUGCUUCUCUUAUCCAAGCAGGACCCCAAACAAUGGAGCCACCACUUAUAAGCUCGCUGAGAUAUCAAUCUCUGCCUCCAAACCAGUGGAUGGAGAAGCGUCAAACUUGGCCACCAAGCAAAUUCCCAGCGUCAGAUCUAGGGGUGCAGGAUCGACCAAUCCGUUCCAUGACAGUGGAUGGAACUAUGCAGGCUCAGAGAGAUGAGCUCGUUUACAAUGAGAUACUUCAGAAUUCUAACAAGGGAACGAAGCAAAUAUUGGAAAAUCCCAGUCUCUCCCAGCCAACCACUGUUGAUCUUAGAAGUUUGCAUAUCGACGCAUUACCAGAGAGCUCAACAGAUGCUAUUCCAGCUACUAACGGCUGCUCAGCUAAGCGACCUCGAGCUUCAACCUCUGAUCUCCCAAACACUCGGUCAUCAGAUAAGAAAGUGUGUAUUCACCGGCUGGAAGAGGACGAGAUAUGGAGUCGUCUUGUCAAGUGCGAGGAUCGUAUGAAGCGAUGGGAGAAGACCCUUGACGAUCAUACGAAGAUACUACAGAUGAUACUUCAAAGUCCUGGUAUGCAGUGUUUUGCUAGAUGA